AACGGUUACUUCUUUUGGUAUCGUAUUUAUUUUAUUUAUGAAGCACUUGAAGCACUUAGUUGUCGACCUUGUCUCAUCAGAUGAAGAAGAAAUUGUUGAGGAAAGAAUAAUAGAAAACUCAAAUCCUGAGUUAUUAUCAAUUGAAAGAUUUAUCAAAGUAGUCUCCAAUUUUCUUGAACAAAAGAAUUCACAUUUAGCAGAAUUAAUAAAACAAUGUUUAAAAAAUACAUCACCAAAAAUUUUUGAGAAUAAUAAUCUUCAAAAUCUUUUUAAAGAUAUUCGGAAACUUAUAGAAAAUAAUUUGCCAAAUCAAACAAAACAAAUUUAUUUUAAAUUAUUUGAACUAAGUAUUUCUUUAAAUACUGAUAAAAAUAUCUCAAAACUAAAUCCAUCAAAACAAUUUGCAUCUCAAAUUGGGCCCGAUCGUAUAGCUGGCACUAAAUCAAAAUUAGGCCCUAAGCAAAUAAAUAUUGAGUUAUUAAAAGAUCGACAAAACCGAAUCAAUCGCUUGGAGAAUGAAUUAAAACAAUUGGAAAACGCUAUUAAAGAAAACCGGGAGAAGGAAUUAGAUUUUAAUGAUCUCGAUAACGAGUACUCGCCUUAUAUCGUGGAAGAUAAGUUAGAGCGCAAAGCCCUCAACGUUUGGAGACUUAUUCGUAAACUCAAGGGUCGAUCUUUCUCUUGUGGGCGGGUUAUAAGGGAAAAACUUUCUUUUAAAGUUACGGACUAUCCUGAAAUAAAUAGCGCGAUCGAAAAAAUGAUCAACCAAGCUAGCUUCCUUUUCACAUUCCCGGAUUAUGCAGAUAUCCGAAAUAUCGUAACCGAAAAAAAUUUACAAAAGGGUUUGAACAUAGCGCCAAUCGAUAUAGAAUCUAUCUCACUAUCCGCUUUCAAAAGUGUCGGUCAAUUGUUGAAAGACAGAAGAGGCAGGGAUUUUAAGAUGGAUUUUGGUUCCCAUUUGAUGGAUAAUGUUGAUUUAUCUAAUGAUCCUUACCACACACACGAUCACCCAGAUCUCGUCAAAUUAUUAGAGAGAAAUUACCAAUUAGCUCAAGAAAAAAUGGAUCAACUCACCUCUAUGUAUGUCCUAAAGGAGAAUUUUAUCAACAAAAGUAAAGAGGAAGAAUCUUUCCGACUCAAUUCAAGUUCAAUUAGUUCAGGAAAAAAAGAAAUACCAAUUCAAACAGAUGAGGAAAUUGUUAUAAUGGAAGAUCUCACUAGUGAAACGGUUCUUGUCGCGACAAAAAGUUAUUUUGAUCCACCCCUUAAAGUUGACGAGAUUAUUGACAAUAAAACGAUAUCGGUUUCAACGAAUAAAGUUUCAAAUGAUGUAAUUUUAGUGGAUUCAUGUCUAUCUAAAAAUUCUCUCCCUGAUUCCUCAUCGGAUAAUGAAUCAACUUGCCAAGACGAUAUUUUCAAUCAACCUUCCACAUCUAUGAUAUUGUUAAGUGAUUAGCAAAUUUAUUUAGUAAUGUUAUGUCAACCAUUUAUAACUGAUUUUAGGGCGGUUGUAUUAUUGAAAGUAUUUAUAUGCAACGAUCAAAUUUUUAUAUAAAAAUAAUAGAUGAAGUAAUUAUAUUCUGACUUUCAAAUAAUAUUAUCUUUGUUGAAAUUAU